UCUGACACACGCACCGGAGCGUCAGCUUCAAGCGGACCAUCACUACCUCUCACAUCUAAAGCUGAUCAGCAGGAGGAGAAGAGUCUGACGGAGCAGCAGAGGAACAUUUUCAGCUAUUUGGACUCAGCUCAGCCACUACAGAGAAAACAAUGAGCUCAACACAGAAGGACCAACAUGGAGCGAGAAGUCAGCGCUCUCAGGAGGCCGACAAACCUCACAGAAGAAAGAGAGAGAAAACAUACACCUGUGACAAGUGUGGGAAGGGUUUUACUGUGAAGGAGAAACUAAAACAGCAUCAGGUCAUCCACACUGGAGAGAGACCGUUCAGCUGUGAUUUGUGUGGAAAGUCUUUUUCCUGGAAGGAGUCCCUAAGAAAACACCAACUCAUCCACAGUGGAGUUAAAGCGUACAGCUGUGACGAGUGUGGCAGAGCUUUUACUCAAAGUAGCAACUUACAGAAGCAUCUAGUUACCCACUCUGGAAUUAAGGCAUACAGCUGUGACGAGUGUGGGAAGGAGUUUACUGGGAAGGAUAAACUAAAACAGCAUCAGGUCAUCCACACUGGAGAGAGACCGUUCAGCUGUGACUUGUGUGGAAAGUCUUUUUCCUUGAAGGGUCACCUAAAACAACACCAACUCAUCCACAGUGGAGUUAAAGCAUACAGCUGUGAUCAGUGUGGCAGAGCUUUUACUCACAGUAGCAGCUUACAGAGUCAUCUAGUUACCCACUCUGGAAUUAAGGCAUACAGCUGUGAGAUUUGUGGAAAAACUUUCAGCCAGAGAGGAAACCGAAAUACACACCAACGCAUUCACACCAGACAUGAUUUGUACUGCUGUGAACAGUGUGGCAAAUACUUUGCUACAGACACACAGUUACAACAACACAUGUUUACCCACACUGAGGGACGACCUUAUAAAUGUGACCUGUGUGAGAAGACUUUUAAAUCUCCACUUAACCUGAGACGACACCAACAGAUCCACACCAGAAAGAGACUCUACAAGUGCAGUUACUGUGAGAAGCAGAGAGACACAGAUGGAUCCAGUUCUCAACCCUGUCAUCACCGUGGUGGUGGGAAAGCGUUUCGUUGUGACCUUUGUGGAAAAACUUUCAGUUGGCAAGUUACCCUAAAAAGACAUCAACGUAAACACACUGGAGACAAACUGAAAAACUGCAAAGAAUGUGGGAGAAGCUUCACCACAUCACGUAACUUAAAACGCCAUGAACUCAUUCACAGUGGGGUUAAAAAGCACCUCUGUGAUCAGUGUGGGUCAUCCUUCACCACUGCAUGGGAGCUUAAAACACACAAACGAGUCCACACAGGAGAGAAACCAUACAAGUGCAGACACUGUGACAAAAGCUUCUCACGUUCAGAUCAUCGUAACAGGCAUGAACGUACACACAUGGAAGGAAACUACAGCUGUGACCAGUGUGACAAGAGCUUCAGGAAUCUCAGUUCAUACUCCAAACACAAACGAUCCCACGUUACUAAUAAACUGUUUCACUGUUACCAAUGUGCCAAAACAUUCACCUCAUUGUCUGCUCUGUGCAAACAUCAGCGUGAUCACUCAGGGCUGAAAUCACUCCCAUCACUGGAUCACAGUGAAUCUGAAGAGACAGAAAGAUCCUCUGGUUUCAGAGUCAGACUCAAAAAGCUUGAGAUCAGGCUCAACAGAGUUCAGAUAGAAUCAUUUAAACUUGUGUUGAACUGAAGGAAGAAACUAUUUUUCUUGCUUUAUGUAGUGUUUUUAAUAUUUUUAACUUUUUAAUAUUUCUUUCAUCUGUGAUGUUCUUGAAUGUGUUCACAUGAAGAUGGUACAAAUAAACUGUCCUUUUCGCUUUAGCUCCUAAUUUAUUCAUUAUUUAUGGAUGUAGCAUAGCAGCAGUUUCUUGAUUAACACAUGGAGGGCUCGGGAUCUGAUGGUAAAUAAUGUUUUGUGUCCUUGUACACAUCAUACAGCUCAGCUGUUCCACAGAUGUCAGGUUUACACAGUGGGAUGGUUUGUAAGAACGCAGCUCUCCUGUGGAUAAAUCCUUACUCUUAGCCUCAGGACCUCACACAGUCCCAGCAGGUUCGGUCAGAAGAUUUAUACCUUUUUCAUUUCUAUAUGAUUCUUCUUGCAUCUAAAAAAGGUGAUUAUGAUGAUGAUGAGUCAUUUAUGAAAAAAGAAGCAAAAAACAAUAUUGUUGUAUGAGGAUUUUUAUGGCAGAUUUUGUGCAUCAACGUUUUUGUACAUGAAGAUGUUGAAAAGAUGCAAAGGAGGAGGAGGGCACAAGAACUCAGCACGUGAUACUGACUGGAAGCAACACAGCUGCUGUUGACAAAGCAGCAGAGUCAGAUAUGAAUGUGUAUUGAAUUCAUCGUGUAAAUAUACCAGAUUUAUCCACAUACGCUAGUUUUCACCCUUUUUUUUUUACUUUCAGUAAGUUUACUUUUAGUUUAUUUUUACUUUCUUAAGACGCAGGAGAAUCUGAUUCAUCAUGAUUGAGCAUUUCAUUAAAAUAAUGUUUAAAAGACAUUUCUCGUUUGUUCUUUCAGCUGCAGCCUCGCUGGUGUUUAACUGUCUGACAGUAAAGAAGAUAAAAGAUACGUGGAAACACAAACACAUGAAAAGUAUUUGCAGAAAAGCUUAAAGCUCUUGUUUGUCUGUUUUUUCGUUCCAGUCAUCGCCAACAUGGCGAAGAUGUGAAGCUGCCUUCCUGCUACAGUAUCUCCUUACAUACAUUUGCUCAUAUCGUGGGACUUCUUAUAGAGUGUCUUUCUUUGAUCAUGUCUCACUGUGUUUUAUUCCCGACGUUGCAUUUGAGUCUUGCAUGACUCUAUUUUAAUUCAUAUUAAAAUGGAUGGAUGGCUAGAUGGACCCCCUGAAUUAAUCAUCUGAAAUCUUUUUAUUCCUUUAUUCCACUGCUUUCAGGC